UUGACGUUUUAACCAUAACAUAACAAGUAGCCGAAUUUGCCAAUAAUUUUACUUUUUAUAUUAUAUAAAUUACUGGCAAUUAACAGUAAUAAUGUCUGGGAAUCGAGUAGUGUCUUUUGUAAAAAAUAAUACUGCUGGAAUAGUCAGUGUGUCAGUAAUUCUGUUCUUUCAUUGGGGUUGGUAUAAAAUGCAAAGUAUGCCCGAAUUUGGUUCUAAUUCACCGCCGAAAGAGUUUCCUCUGUUUUCGGCUCUAAGGACGUAUAAGAAAGCUUUCGAGACUCACGAAGAGUCCCCUGCACCGAAUAAAUGAUUCAAACAUACAUACAUACAUAGAUAGGGACGUUUGUAUAUAUUUAUUUGUUAGUAAAUUUU